AUGUGCAGUAUCCGAUUGCAUCCCAACAACCUCUCCACUGCCAGUGGCCCCCCGACCUUGCAGACUUGGAGCUCUUUGCAAAGCAAAGGCAAGCAGAAGGGCGCGAAAGGCCAGGCCAAGGAGCGUCAAGGCCAAGAGCCUCAGAGCGGGAAAGGACAGAAAGGCGUGGAAAGUUUUCGUAACAAGGGCGGAGGCAAGACUUCUCCCAGCAAGGGAAAGCAGUGGCGGCAAGUCGGGAACCAAAUCGUUGAACGGACGAUUUCGGUGGCUGGGUAUGCUAUAGGCACUGUCCUUGGUCAAAAUCGUGCUCAGCUGAAAUCGGUGAAGUCGUCCUAUCCAAGCCUGCAUAUCUCCGAGACGAAGAAAGACAAAGAAGAAACCUUUGUUGGCCCACGCGCUCAUGAAAUGGAGCUCGUCAUACGUGGACACGACGCGGAGAUGGUUGAUGAAGCAGUCCGCACCUUCCAGAUGCUGAUUGAUAGGGCUGGGGCAUCUCACAAGCCUCCUCACUCAAAGAACACUUUGAUUGAUGUCUCCGGUGCUUCGUGCGCAAAGUUGGUGCCGGCAGAUAUUGAGAAGUUCCAUGUUUGCCCCAUACAGCUGCAGCAAACAGCUGCCGGGGGCAGCGGAAGACGUUUCUAUGUCUUGGAGAAAGUGCCUUUUGACUCCAAUUUAGCAGGCGAUAGUGUCAGCACAUACUACGGUUAUUGCCCGGACCAUUUCGACUGGAGUGCAUUACACCUGGAUUUCCAGCGGUGCCUCGAUACCGUUGCGCCCGAGAAGCUCUCUGAAGCUCGAGUUUCAGUUCGUUUUGGAAAGCUGUUCUUCUGGGGCCCGACACUGUCCCAGGAAGCUGCGCAAAGGCCUGGUGCGAUAGACCAACUCAGCUACAGGGACUGCCGACCACAGUGGGCGGCGCGCUUGAAGCGUCCCGUUGCAGAGGAACUUUCCGAGGUACUCAAGAAGAGUCGUUUCAUACUUUCGCAGCAGCUUACCAACACAACUCAUUACAUCAAGACAGAAGAAGAUGGUGCCAAGAUGGAGGUUACUUUCUUCGACCCUGAAGGUUCGGUUGCACGAGCAACUGAGAUGAGCCGACUUUGGUCUUGCAACUCACACCUCGAGGUAUUGAAAAUUGAUUGUCAGGAGCAUGCAUCAAGUGGACGGGUCACAUUGGCAAGGCGGAUGUUGGAGCUUUUGCUGCAUCCCUCCCAUAAUGAGUUUGAGGGCUGCUGGUGCGCGAUGGACAUCAUCAAGCGGGCCGCAGACGGUCUCUUGACACAGAUCGAGUUUCGCACCCUGGCUGCAGCAGAAUACUCUCCCCCUCUUCCAUGUUUCCCAUGGCACCGCCAGUCCUCUGCACACGAUGGCCCAGGCCCUCCUGACAUGCCGCUGGACCAAGCUUUGCGCAUCAGAGCGCCGUACCGCAAGGUUCCCGCCACACUUCGCCGUCUGGCCUGCGAGAGCGAGCCCAAACCUAGAGGCGUGCAGACGUUCGUUGCGAAGAAAGAGAGCGAACGUCUCUUCAGAGGUGACGUGUGUCGCCUUGGACACUCUCCAGAUUUUCGCUUGACGAUAAACGCGAGUGUGGAGGUGAAUAUCGCACAGGGCUUAGCCGAUGACCUGCAACGGUUCGAUGUCGAGUGCAGAGGGCGAUUGCAAGAUCCGGACAAGCUGGUUGAGUCGUUUCACAAGUGCUCACUACCAUUCGGCUGGAAGCUUCAAUGCGUGGCAUGCAGGGAAGAGUGUGUUUGGAUGGACCUUGAGCAAGCAGUCGAAGUGGAUGUCUCAAAAAUUCGUGAAGUCACCCGCUUGAGCAAGCCGGGCGGUCACUCGGGCGAAAGCAACUACGAGAUUCGCUUCUCCUCAGAACCAGCCAGCAAGGCGGUUCGAGGAAGGCACGCAGAUGCUUGGGAACACGCCACCCAACUUCUCUCGACGGUGCAGAUGCUCCAUGAAUCCCUGAAACUGAGCUAG